AGAGAGAGAGGGAGAGAGAGAGAGAGAGAUAAAGAUGCGUCACGUGCUGAGUAAGUACAUGUGCUGAAGUCCCUUGUCUCGAGCAUAUGAGCGGCUGCUGAAGACAAACUCGCACUAUGGAGGAAAUAAACAAAACACACCGGGAUGACUUGGUUUUCUUUGUAAAUGGCAAAAAGAUCACUGAAAAUAAUGCCGAGCCAGAGAUGACGCUGCUGAGCUUUCUCAGGAGAAAGUUGGGUUUAACAGGCACUAAACUGGGAUGUGCUGAAGGUGGAUGUGGCGCCUGCACUGUGAUGGUGUCCAAGUUCCACCCACAACAGAAUAAGAUUGUACACCAGGCCAUUAAUGCAUGUCUGGCUCCACUAUGCUCAAUGCAUCAUUGUGCAGUCACUACAGUAGAAGGCAUCGGUAGUGUAGCCAGCAAACUUCACCCUGUUCAGGAACGGAUUGCUAAGGCUCAUGGAUCACAGUGCGGUUUUUGCACUCCAGGAUUUGUCAUGUCCAUGUAUGCACUUCUGAGGAACAACUCUCAACCUACAAUGAAGGAAAUCGAGGAGGCCUUUCAAGGUAAUCUGUGCCGUUGCACGGGGUAUAGACCUAUCCUGGAGGGCUACAAGACCUUUACCAAGGAUGGAGGAUGCUGUGGCGCAAAAGGAAAAUCCAAAGGCUGCUGCUUGACCAGUGAAGACCCGACAGAGCAGGUCAAUGAAGAUUCAAAACAUCCAGCUCAACAAUUAUUUAACCCAUCAGAAUUUAAGCCACUGGACCCAACACAGGAAAUCAUUUUCCCUCCAGAACUAAUGAGUCUUUCCAAGCGUCCACCACUACAGCUGAGAUUUCUUGGAGAAAGAGUUUCAUGGAUUCAACCCAGCACCCUGAAAGAACUCCUGGAGCUAAAAGCACUGUAUCCUACAGCCAAGCUAGUGGUGGGGAACACUGAAGUUGGUAUUGAGAUGAAAUUCAAGAACUUUCUGUACCCAGUGAUCUUGGCACCAACCUCCAUCCAGGAACUCAACAGCAUCCAUUACACUGAUACUGGGAUCGAGUUUGGUGCAUCUGUGACACUGACUGUGUUAAAGGAGGUGCUGUGUGAAAUGGUAAACAAGCUACCCAGCUACAAAACGGAGGUUUUCCAGGCCGUACUCGAGCAGCUGCACUGGUUCGCAGGACACCAGAUUCGAAAUGUUGCAGCCAUUGGUGGAAAUAUCAUGACAGCAAGUCCUAUCUCAGACCUUAACCCUGUGUUCAUGGCCGUGGGUUCUAAGCUAACGCUGAUAUCCAAAGAAGGAAAACGUGUGCUUCAGAUGGACGACAAGUUUUUCACUGGCUACAGGAAAACUGCUUUGAAACCAGAGGAAAUUCUUUUGGCUAUUGAGAUUCCCUACACAAAACAGGGCCAGUAUUGCUCAGCCUUUAAACAAUCACUUCGCAAAGAGGAUGAUAUUGCUAUUGUCACCUGCGGGAUGAACGUGGUCUUCAAGGAGGAGUCCAGUAUAGUGAAGGACAUCCGAUUGAGUUACGGUGGAAUGGCUGCUACCACUGUUCUUGCCACAACGACAUGCAGUCGACUUAUUGGCAGGCAGUGGAAUGAGGAGCUGAUGCAGGAUGCUUGCUCUUUCCUGGCUGAAGAGAUGACCCUGCCUCCGUCCGCUCCGGGUGGGAUGGUGACAUAUAGACGCACACUGGCUAUCAGCCUGUUCUUUAAAUUCUAUCUCACCAUCCAGAACAAAUUAGCUAAGGAGCACCUGUCUGUUGAGAACAUCAGACCAGAUUAUGCCAGUGCUAUUGAAAUGUUUCACCUCGACUCACCAACCAGUGUUCAGCUGUACCAGGUAGUCCCUCCUGGUCAGAGCCCAGAUGAUGUGGUAGGGCGUCCGGUUAUGCAUCUGUCUGCUCUGAAGCAGGCCACAGGAGAAGCUGUGUACUGUGAUGAUAUUCCUCACUUCGAGAACGAGCUCUAUUUGGCUCUUGUCACCAGCACUAAAGCUCAUGCUUAUAUUAAAUCUAUUGAUAUUGAUGAAGCCAUGACACUUCCAGGAGUGGUCACAUUUGUCUCUGCCAAGGACAUCCCUGGCUGCAAUAAGACUGGACCUGUUUUUUAUGACGAGACUGUCUUCGCUGAUGAAAAGGUCACAUGUGUGGGUCACAUUGUUGGAGCCGUUGUAGCAGACACACAAGUCCACGCACAGAGGGCAGCCAAAGCUGUGAAGAUCACAUAUGAGGAAUGCCAACCUGUGAUUGUCACCAUUCAGGAUGCCAUUGCCAAUCAGUCGUUCUACCAGCCAGUGAGAACUAUAGAGAGAGGAGACCUUAUGCUGGGCUUUCAAGAGUCUGAUAACAUCCAAGAAGGUGAAAUACACAUAGGGGGACAGGAACAUUUUUACUUGGAGACAAACUGCACACUCGCUGUCCCUCGAGGAGAGGAUGGUGAAAUGGAGAUGUUCGUGUCCACGCAAGCGGCCACCAAAACACAAGCACUUGUUGCCAAGGCAUUAGGCGUGCCAGCCAGUCAUAUUGUAUGUCGGGUUAAGAGAAUGGGAGGAGGAUUCGGAGGAAAAGAGAGCCGCAGCACCCUGCUCUCUACAGCUGUGGCUGUUGCUGCUCAGAAAGUCAAGAGGCCAGUCCGCUGCAUGCUGGACCGUGAUGAGGACAUGCUAAUAACUGGAGGUCGGCAUCCAUUCUUUGGACGUUACAAGGUCGGCUUCAAGAAGAAUGGAAAAGUGAUGGCUCUUGAUGUGACCCUCUACUGCAAUGCAGGAAAUUCCUUGGACCUUACCUUGUCUAUUAUGGAACGAGCGCUCUUCCAUAUGGACAACUGCUAUAACAUUCCUCAUAUUCGUGGGACCGGCUACAUGUGUAAAACCAAUCUGCCUUCCAACACCGCAUUUCGGGGCUUUGGUGGGCCUCAGGGAAUGAUGGUAGCGGAGAGUUGGAUUAGUGAUGUGGCUCUGGGUUGCGGUCUCCCUGCUGAACAGGUGAGGAGGAUGAAUAUGUAUAAGCAGGGAGACUUAACCCCCUUUAACCAGUGUCUGGACCAGUUUACCAUAGAUCGCUGCUGGGAGGAAUGCAUGGCCAUCUCAGACUUCCAACAAUGGAAAGCCAAGGUGGAGCAGUAUAACAAACAAAAUCGCUGGACCAAAAGAGGGUUGUCCAUCAUUCCCACAAAGUUUGGCAUCAGCUUCACUGCAGUCUUCCUCAACCAGGCAGGAGCACUGGUUCAUAUCUACACAGAUGGUUCAGUCCUUCUCACUCAUGGUGGAACAGAAAUGGGACAAGGCCUGCACACUAAAAUGGUUCAGGUUGCCAGCCGAACUCUGGGAAUCCCCAGCACAAAGAUUCACAUCAGUGAGACCAGCACUAACACCGUCCCAAACACAAGCCCUACUGCUGCAUCUGCUUCCUCUGACCUCAACGGCAUGGCUGUCCAUAAUGCAUGUCAGACGCUUCUGCAGAGACUGGAGCCGUACAAAGCCAAAAACCCCAAGGGCACCUGGGAAGACUGGGUAAAAGCAGCUUAUUUUGACAGGGUGAACUUAUCAGCCAAUGGGUUUUAUAAGACUCCAGAUAUUGGCUAUGAGUUUGAAACAAAUUCUGGCCGACCUUUUAACUACUUCUCUUAUGGUGUAGCAGUAUCAGUGGUGGAGCUGGACUGUCUGACUGGUAGUCACAAGAACCUGCAUACUUCAAUUGUUAUGGAUGUGGGCAAAAGUCUGAACCCAGCACUGGAUAUUGGUCAGGUGGAGGGUGCAUUCAUGCAAGGUGUGGGUCUUUUCACCCUUGAGGAGUUGCGCUACUCUCCCCAAGGUUACCUGUACACCCGUGGACCUGGGAUGUAUAAGAUUCCUGCAUUUGGAGACAUUCCAACUGAACUGAAGGUCUCACUACUUAGAGAUGCUCCUAAUGAGAAGGCCAUCUUCUCCUCCAAGGCAGUUGGAGAGCCUCCACUCUUCCUGGCAGCCUCAGUCUUCUAUGCUAUCAAAGAUGCUAUUUCAGCAGCCAGGGCUGAGUCUGGCCUCACAGGACCCUUUAGACUGGACAGCCCUGCUACACCCGAGAGAAUACGCAACGCUUGUGAAGACAGAUUCACCAAACUUUGUCCUCCGUCGGAGCUGGGAACUUACACACCAUGGGACGUGAAGGUGUAAGGCACUUACUUCUGUUUCAACAUCCACUGAGACUCACUGGUUUUAUCUAAAUGCACAAAUGACUAAAAUAUAAAAUCAGAUUUACACUGGAUAUUAAAAAAAAAAAAGUC